GCGGCUUUGGCCUGCGCCUCCCUCUCCUGCCGGGCAUUUGAUUUCAUUGUUCCGGGCUGAUGUCCCUCCCAGUUGUCCCAGGCGCCUCUCCGGGUGACAAUGCGGGACUAGGAGGCACCAAGGAGCCCUCCGGACGCGGCCCGCAGAUUUGGCUGCUUCAACACUUCCUAAACGCUACUGGGUGUUGGUUUCCUUAGAAGCAGAUCCAUGCAUUCCUACACCAUGGCAUCACCAGAUAGGAUGAGUGGCUCAGAUAAUGGACUAGAUGAAACAGAACUCAGUAUCACUCUCACUCUCCGGAUGCUUAUGCAUGGAAAGGAAGUUGGCAGUAUCAUAGGCAAGAAGGGAGAGACAGUGAAGAAGAUACGAGAACAAAGUACUGCCCGGAUCACCAUUUCAGAAGGCUCCUGUCCAGAGCGGAUCACAACUAUUACAGGAUCCACUGAUGCUGUUUUUAGAGCUGUUUCCAUGAUUGCCUUCAAGCUGGAAGAGGACUUGGGGACAGGACCUACCAAUGGAAGCACUGUAUCCAAACCACCUGUAACACUUAGGCUAGUCAUCCCAGCCAGCCAGUGCGGCUCACUUAUUGGCAAAGCAGGAGCCAAAAUAAAGGAAAUUCGAGAGACCACAGGAGCACAAGUCCAGGUGGCAGGAGACCUCCUCCCCAACUCCACUGAGAGAGCUGUGACAGUUUCGGGAGUACCGGAUGCCAUCAUCCAGUGCGUGCGACAGAUCUGUGCUGUUAUCCUAGAGUCACCACCAAAAGGAGCCACAAUUCCCUAUCAUCCCGGCCUCUCCUUGGGACCGGUUCUCCUCUCAGCCAAUCAGGGAUUCUCCAUGCAGGGGCAGUACAGUGGCUUGUCUCAAGCUGAAGUGACGAAGUUACAGCAGCUUUCUGGACACCCUGUUUCAUUUUCUUCUUUGGGGCAAACUCCGUCUAUAGUAGCAGGUUUGGACUCAAAUUCUCAGAACAGCUCCCAGGAGUUUCUGAUUCCAAAUGAUCUUAUAGGCUGCAUAAUCGGCCGCCAGGGCAGCAAGAUCAGCGAGAUACGGCAGAUGUCUGGAGCACACAUCAAGAUUGGGAAUCAGACCGAAGGCUCCGCUGAACGUCACGUGACCAUCACGGGCACCCCAGUCAGCAUUACUUUGGCUCAGUACCUCAUCACGGCCUGUUUAGAGACGGCCAAAUCUACCUCCCAGACGCCCCCCGUUGACCUCGGCAUGACCUUCUCCCAGCCCCUCACUCCUUCACCAGCCCCAACGCUGACAGCCAUGGCUGCACCUCCCCCAGCCUUGCUUGGUGCCCCCUAUGCUAUCUCCCUCUCCAACUUCAUCGGCCUGAAACCUGUUCCCUUCUUGACUCUGCCCCCUUCCUCAGCCACGGGGCACAAUGGCAGCCUUGCCACCUACACGACCAAGAUCUCCACAGUCAAUGCCACAAAGAAGGCUGAGAGACAGAAAUUCUCCCCAUACUGAAACAGGAGCGUGGGCUUUGGGGCAGAGAGAGGAAACCUCUAGGGACCCUCACAUUCUUUGCACGAUGCCAUCAGCGUUGGUUCACCCAAAGAG